GUUGGCAACUUAUUUCUCUACUAUCUCUUCUGUUUUGCAACAAGUUUGGGUGAUGAGAUCUUCUACAUAUCCUUUUUUCCAUUCUGGUUUUGGAACAUUGAUGGCUAUGUUGGCAGACGAUUGUGUAUUUUCUGGGGUGCCUUCAUGUAUUUAGGGCAGGCCACUAAAGAUAUUUUAAAAAUUCCCCGACCAACUUCACCCCCUGUUGUUAAAUUAGAAAAAAGGUACUCGCUAGAGUAUGGAAUGCCAUCAACUCAUGCAAUGGUUGGGGCUGGACUGCCAUUUGGUAUUUAUUUCCUAACUCGAGAUAGAUAUCUUUUUCCUUCAAUGGUGACUUUAUCUGGUGCCAUCAUCUGGUGCUCCGUCGUCUGCCUCAGCAGGAUCUACAUGGGGAUGCAUACAUUGCUUGAUAUCGUAGGAGGCCUGCUGUACGUUUUCUCACUCAUGUUCGUUUGCUUCUACUUCUCAAUCCUUGACAAGGUCGAUUAUUUUGUACUGCACGCCUCUCUACCUUCACUGAUUGUAACAUGCUUGCUCAUCCCCAUCUGCUUGUGUCUCUUCUACCCCCUGGACAGAAACACCUGGUCCACAUCCAGAGGUGACACGACCAUCAUCAUAGCCGUCUGCUCCGGUUCUCUCAUCUCUCAUUGGCUAAAUUAUAAUCUAGGUCAGAUGAAU